GCCUUUUGCAAAAACGGAGCAGAUCAACACUCGCACAGGCCUCGGAGAGCCCCUGAUGAAUCCAGCUCCCUAAGACAGACGCGACCCGGGGUGGGUGGGGUAGCAAAGCCACCAAAAGCCUCUAUGCAGUGCUUUCUGCCCGAAGUGGGGGCGAGGGUGACGGGAAGAGCGGAGGGGGUGGCUACAAGUUUAACUUCCCGGCCUCUCGAAAGGAAGAGACUCGGGUGGGAGAGGAAGAGGCGUAGGAGAAAGGGGUGGGUGCGGGGCAGGGUCCGGAGCCCAGCAGAGGAGGAGCUGGGGCCUAGUCGGCGCUAUACCGGCGUCACUACGGCAAAGAAAGGCAAGGGGGAGGGGGAAGCAAGAGACUCAGGAUGGACGCCGGACUGCUUUCGGUUUCUGCCCAAAGGUGCGGCCGGGCAGGGGGAAGGAAAUAAAGGAAGAGAGGUUUGAUGUGUGUUGCUGUCCUCGCAGCGAGCUAUUCUGUGUCGUCUCUGACGCCACCGUACACUCCGCCUUCCAGCGCGCUCCCGCGCGCGCCCGCCCAGCUACCUCCACCACGCGCCCGUGCUAACCCUGAGGCUCCGGCUUGGGCGCGUGGACGCGCCCAUUCCCCCCUCCUCUUCCAGCAGGAGAGGCCCCGGCUUCUCCAGCCUUCCCACCCUACCCCACCGCACCCAAUAGGCUGGCUAUUCAAGCCGCCCAGGGCCCGCACUGCCCCUCUUACCCGGCCGGCCACUAGGCCGGCCUCCUUCCCUUCCCUAGCCGUCCACACCCACGCGUACAGAGGGGCCGGGGCCUCCCUCAAGCUGCGGCCUCGGCCUCCUCCCCGCGCGGCAGCUGGUGCCUCCCCGGCCCUACGGGGCUCACGCGCACGACACAGCCACAAGAUGUCCGCUCUGACGGAACUACUGCCAGCUGCCACGCUCCGCCCCUCCCCCUUCUCCUGCCUCUUCACCGCCGCGGAUCAGUCCGCCAACGCCGCCGUCGCGAGCACAGGACCGAUGUAAGGCUGAAGCCAGACGGCUUGCUUCCCACGUCCGGGGCCAAGUGAAUACGUGCCAAUGCCUUUUCCUUGUCCUUCUCGGAACAGCACCUUCUUAUUGAACAGAUCGGAGAUUGGACUAGGAGGGCGGGGGAGGGAGGCGGAUCAUGGGCUGGGGGGAGGGUAAACGAGUGGCGGAAACCCUUAGGCUCAGAGAAGCAUCGAGAACCGGAAGGAGACCAUGGGAGGAAGGUAAAGCAAGCAGCCGCUGCGCGACCAAGCCCCACGCCCCUCCCCACAGCGUCCCCCAGUUUCCUCACUUGGUAUUGAGGCGACGACUCUCGCGAGAACUUCGUGGCUGGCUAACCGAAGCAGUAGCUCUGCAAUGACUUAAGAGCAGUUUUGGGCGCUCUUCCUCUCGGGGUCCCGCCCCCAAAAUCCAUAAAUUCUCGCGAGACGCAGUGAGGCACCGGCUCGAACUGGGGCGGGCCACGGCCAGGAAAGCACCGCCCCUGAAUGUUUAAGCCGGUGGUUGGAAGAGGAAAUGGAAUUCCCCGGACUUGUAAGAGCGCGCGCCGACACAGUCCUCUCUCACGCGCCCAAUCAGGAGUGUGCGGUGGGAGGUGUCAUGGAUUAAUUACCAGAUAACUUGAGUCGAUGUUGAGCCGGGAUUUUGAGAUUUCCGGUGGAGCAGCACCUGUUGAUUUGUGCUGCUACCUGGAAGAGAUGCAACACCUGAUCAUGGGACAUCAAGUGACUGUGUGAAUCAAACUGCCCAUCAUGAAUUGGUGUUAAUUUGACUCACCAAACUGUACAAAUGAAUGAGCACAGGAACAAUGCAUUACAUAUGGGACUGGAACCAUGAAUGAGCAGGUGACUAGACUCCUACAGUACCUGCCUGUACUCCUUCAACACUUCUCCCUCAAUGCACAUAAACUGUCAUCAUAAGGAGUUCCCUCUGACCAGUUAAUGGAAGAGAAAAAAGUAUGGAUCUUGUGGAUAUCCUAAUAUAUCUCUGGCCAUUGGACCCCUAGAAACCUUUGGCAAGUCCUGGAAGUUUUUCAAGGUUCAUCUUGCACCUUUCUUACAAAAACAUGUAGAAUGCUGCCUACUUCUGCUCAUCAGUUUUAUUUAAUAUAAUUUCAUUACUAUAAU